AUGCAACGAAAGAAAAGCAUAUCAUUCAAUGAUUUGGGGUUAACCACACCAUUGCCAAUCACUUUGGCAAAAUCGAGGGAACAAAGACAUUUAGAAAAACUUGAGGGCAAAAAACAAAAGAAACUGCUUGUAAAGGAAGCCACAGCAUGCGUCUCUUCUUUACGAACUGAUGUCGAAAAACAUAAAGCUUUUAUUUCGACAGAGUUUAAAAAUGAGAAGGAUGAAAAAGAAAAGCGGAAGAAGAAGCUUCAGGCUGAGCAUAUAAAGGCACGCAAUGAAAGAGAAACCAAGAAGGAGCGGGAUGCUCUAUCUAUUGAAGCACAACACAAAUAUAUUUCCGAGAUCAUGGAAAUGCAAAGGGAGGAUAACACCAGAAUGAGACAGGUGCAGCUGCUGCUCGAGAAAGCUCAGGAGAAAUCUAUCAAAGAAGCCAUUGCUAAUGUACAUAUUCCCGUUAUUCGUAGUAAAAUUAUAGAAGAACAACGAGCAAGAUUACCAGUACUACGUGAAGAACAACCCAUUAUUGAGGCUAUUAACAAUGCCACGAGGACAUGUGUACUCAUCUGUGGCGAAACUGGCAGCGGCAAAACCACCCAAAUCCCUCAAUUUUUAUGGGAGACAGGCUAUGGUCAUGCAGAAAGUCAAGCAUUCGGUCGUGAAGGAUGCAUUUUAGUCACCGAGCCCCGUCGUGUGGCGGCUGUAUCUAUGGCUCAACGCGUUGCUGAAGAACUCAAUCAACCAUUUGGCCAAGAGGUUUGUUAUCAUGUUCGCUAUAACAACAACCUAUCAGAUACAUGCAGGCUGAAGUUUGCGACUGAGGGUAUCGUACUAAAAGAGAUUCAAUCUGACUUUUUGCUUACCCAAUACAGCGUCAUCGUAGUAGAUGAGGCGCAUGAGCGCAGUAUUUCGUGUGAUAUCCUUGUUGGUCUUCUUUCGCGCAUAGUUCCUCUCCGAAACGACUUGUUUCAUGAGGAGUUGGAAGCAAACGGUAGGGAUGCUAGUAAAACAAAGAUCAAGCCACUAAGACUAGUCAUUAUGUCAGCUACCAUGCGUGUGCAGGAUUUCCGUGAUAAUAGGGUGUUGUUUCCUAUUGUUCCGCCACUUAUCAAUGUGGAGGCUCGGCUCUUCCCAGUAACUAACCAUUUUGCAAGGAAGACAAUUUUGAUAGAUUAUGUGCAGCAGUCCUUUGAGAAAGUUUGUCAAAUUCAUAAGAAAUUACCGCCCGGGGGGAUUCUCGUGUUUCUUUGUACGCAACACGAAAUUGAAGACCUCUGUGCUUGUCUCCGUGAGCACUAUGCAAAAACCAAGGUCGAAUAUAAUGAACAUACAUACAACAAGCAUGCAUUUCUUAGAGGCACUUCAGGCGGUUUUCCUAAAAUGCUUGAACAGGAUGAUGCAUCCUCCAGCGCAUCAGUGGAUGGCACCAUACCUGAUGGCGAUGUGACAAAUGAGAAAACUCAAGAUGAAUACGGUUUGUUCAUCGAUGAAUAUGCGCUUGAUGAAGACGAAUCGACAGGAGGAGACACUCCUGGUGGGAUUUCUGAAGCAACCAUGAGCGAAAAUAAAUUUAAACGACCUCGGAAGGCUGGUACGACUUCGAACUUUAAAAUUGAGGAGGAGGAUGAACCCAAUGGAAAAUUCGACACAUUACAUGUUCUUCCGCUAUACGCUCUUUUGGAUCUAAAAAAGCAACAUGAGGUUUUUAAGGCACCUCCGCCAGGUAAGCGUCUGUGUGUGGUUGCCACUAAUGUAGCCGAAACCUCUAUUACUAUACCUAAUAUUAAGUACGUUGUUGAUGCCGGCCGCGCCAAAACCAAGGUAAUUGACGAAGAGACUAAGGCAAGCUGCUUUAGUAUUGAAUGGAUAAGUCAAGCGUCAGCGGAGCAGCGAAGUGGCCGGGCAGGACGUGUGGGUCCUGGACACUGCUACCGUUUGUAUAGCACUGCCGUUUACUCCAAUUUGAUGGCAAAGUACGGUACCCCGGAGAUCCUGAGGACACCGCUGGACUCUGUUGUUCUUUUGAUGAAGCAUAUCGGAAUCGACCACGUGGGCGCCUUCGCGUUUCCUUCACCACCUCGCUUAGAUGACCUCAAAGGUGCCUUGAGCCAUCUAACACUCCUAGAGGCACUGGACGGAUCUAAUGGAUACCGGAUUACACCUCUCGGAAGGAAGUUAAUCGCUUAUCCCAUUCCACCGCGUUUUGCCCGUGCUGUUGUAGAAGCCCAGUCCAUGCAGCUCUCCCAAAAACUUUUAGGGAUGGUUUUAUUGAUUGUGGCUGUGUGUGCUACAACAACGCAUAUUUUUACCGGUGAAGGCAACCAAAUUAAAGCAAGUAAAAAAGAUGAAGGCGAUCCACGACGUGAAAGGAUUCGUAGUUUGCUUAAUCACGGAAGCGAUCUUCUUACUUAUCUGAACGCUUUCCAUGUGUAUAUGCAGAACCCGAAAAAUUGCCACACCUAUUGUCUUGUUGACAAAAGUAUGCAUGAAUCCAAGAUGCUUUUCCGUCAGUUACGUAAUCUUGUUGAGGAGAACAGCACCGCUGAGGGUGACCUCAUGGAUUCCUUGGACACUAAUGAGACGUGGUAUAUAGGCAACACAGCCGGAUGUACCACUGAACGUGUACAAAUUACGAAAGACGAUGAAAUUGCUCUUCGACAGGUCUUUAUUCCAGGUCUUUUGGACCAAGUGGCUCGACGAGCGACUGUACACGAAUGUCGCUCAAUGAAUGUUGAAUACACUGACAGGAAGACAAGUGCCACACCGUAUUUAGUCACUAGUACACACUCUAUUGUGUAUAUUAAUCCCACUAGCAGUGUGUCGCGCACUUAUCCCGCUCCUGAGUAUGUGACCUACACCGCCUUGCAGAAAGUAGUUCGCUCCGAGACGAAAAAGGCGCAAGCAUGUAUGCUGGGUGUUACAGUUGUGACAAAAGAGUGGCUUAACUUGUAUGACUACUCUGAGUAA